AUGCCCUCCACACUCAACGCCCUCGUCCAAAAGGCCCGCGCCCACCACGAAUCCCUCAACGCCGCCUAUAGCGCCUACUACGGCGCCGGCACUUCAUCCACCAGCACCUCCCCAGCCCAGUCGACCACCACCUCUCCCAGACAAUCGACAGAGACCCGCCGCUCCUCCUCCUCAUCAACCUCCUCAACCACCUCAUCCAUGAAACAAGGGGCCAGCCGCGCCUGGAUGGCCGUCAAAAAAGCCGCGCGUGAGCACCACGACAGCGUCAACGCGGCCUACGGUGUCUACUACUCUGCUGGAUCUUCUGCGGCCUCAUCGAGGACUUCUUCGACGACGACGACGCCCAGGCAGUCGACUGAGGCGGUGCCGACUGCUAUUGCUGCUGCUACUCCUGUGACGAAGGAGGAGAAGCGGAGAGAUGGUGGUGUGUGGGGCAAGGUGAAGAAGGCGGCUAGGGAGCAUCAUGAGAGUGUCAACGCGGCGUAUGGGAUGUAUUAUGCGGCAGGGACUGCGAAGUGUUGA